CAGGUUAUCUCAACUAGUGUGCGUAAAAGCUAAAACAAGUUAAUCAUAAUUGAUUUUUAUUCCAAGUCAUGCUGACAAUUGUAACCGUUGGCAACCACAGCCUUAUUUUCCAAAGUGGCCGGAAGCUGUAUUCCUCGUACGCGCUACCUUGACACUCAUACCAACAAGAGGGAUCCUCUUGUGGUGUUUUGGUCCAAUCGAGCCCACUCACCAAAAUGACAGCGAGGAAGUCUGGCUCACGACUGGAGACCGAGAUAGAGCGGUGCCGUUCAGAGGGCCAAUGGGACAAGAUACCGGAGUUGGUACGACAGCUGUCAGCCAAACUCAUAUCAAACGAUGACCUCGGGGAGCUGUUGCUGGGGGAAUGCAAGCUUCAGACGUACCUGAAGGAGAACCCCAUCAAACAGGGUACCAGCCCCAAGGGCCCGCGACCUAAACUGGUGGAGGUCAGGAAACACCUCACUGCUGCUCUGGACAGAGGAAACCUCAAGGCUGAUUAUCUUCAGGAAGCCAGCAUGUUGAUGGCCAAACUGUGCUAUGUAGAGGGAGAAUACAGAGACGCUUUAGGUCACUACAGCAAGGUAAACCUAGAUGACUUGCAGCUGGUGGGAGCCCCUGUGUAUAGGCUGUGCAUGAUAGCAGAGGCAUACGCUACUAAAGGUCUGUGUUUAGAGAAGGUUCCAGCCGCUUCUCCUUCUCUAUCUAAUAAGAACGCUGGCUCUCCGGCGUCCAAUAGGGGAACAACAGAUCGGGAGCAAGAAAUCAUCACCUGCUAUGAAAAAUCUGGAGAUAUUGCUCUGCUCUACCUGCAGGAAGCUGAGAAGGCGUUGUCAGCAGGGAUUCAGAACCGCAGCCCAAAGCCCGGCCCAGCAACUCAGGACCUGGAACUGGGUUACUUCCUGGAGACAGGCCUGCAGAGAGCCCACGUCAUCCACUUCAAGAACGGGAACCUGACACGAGGCGUGGGCCGGUUUCGGGAGAUUCUUCGAGCUGUUGAGAACAGAACCACGCAGAGUCUGCGGAUGACCAUAGCCAGACAGCUUGCAGAGAUCUUGCUCAGAGGAAUGUGCGAACAGAGUUACUGGUCUCCACUGGAAGACCCGCCCACAGUGUCACCAUUGGACGAUCCCACACGACAAGGACACACACACAGCAAGAACUACAGCCUGAGCCGACGCCCACGAGUGUACUCGGGAGAGAAUCUGUUCUGCCCUCAAGAGAACACAGAGGAAGCUUUGCUGUUGCUGCUCAUCAGUGAGUCCAUGGCUAACCGUGAUGCUGUCCUGAGCAGAAUUCCCGAACAUAACAAUGAUCGUAUCAUCAGCCUGCAGUCUGCUUCUGUGGUGUACGACCUGCUGACUAUCGCUCUGGGCAGGAGAGGGCAGUACGAGAUGCUGUCAGAAUGUUUGGAGAGAGCCAUGAAGUUUGCCUUUGAGGAGUUCCAUUUGUGGUACCAGCUCGCCCUGUCGCUAAUGGCAGCUGGGAAAUCUGCUCGUGCUGUUAAGGUCCUUAAAGAGUGUAUUCGUUUGAAGCCUGACGACCCCACCAUCCCACUGCUGGCUGUCAAGCUGUGUAUCGGACCUCUGCACUGGUUGGAUGAGGGUGAAUGCUUUGCAAAGAUGGUGAUUGAAAUGGGGGAGAAAGCAGCUGAGUUCAGAGCCAAAGGUUACCUGGCCAUGGGGCUGGUUUACAGCCUCAAAGCCACUGAUGCAUCGUUGCGAAGCACACAGGAGGAGUACCAGAGGAAAGCUUUGGGAGCCUUCCAGAGGGCUCAGAGUCUGUCUCCCACUGACCACCUAGCAGCCUUUUACCUCGCACUGCAGCUUGCUGUGUCCAGACAGAUCCCCGAGGCACUAGGCUAUGUUCGACAGGCACUGCAGCUUCAAGGGGAUGAUGUUCACUCCCUUCACCUGCUGGCCCUGCUGCUCUCUGCUCAGAAACACUAUCACGACGCUCUCAAUAUUAUAGAGAUGGCUUUGUCCGAAUACCCCGAGAACUUUAAUCUGCUGUAUACCAAGGUGAAGCUGGAGUCGAUGUGCAGAGGACCAGAGGAAGCCCUGCUCACCUGUAAACACAUGUUGCAAAUCUGGAAGAGCUUUUACAACCUUACCAACCCCAGUGAUUCCGGGCGUGGCAGCAGUCUGUUGGACAGAGCCAUAGCAGACAGACGACAGCUCAACGCCAUGACGCUGCCUGACUUCAGUGACCCUGAGACUGGUUCGGUUCAUGCUACAUCUAUAGCGGCGAGUCGUGUUGAGCAGGCUCUGUCUGAGGUAGCCUCGUCCCUGCAGAGCAGCGCGCCCAAACAGGGACCCCUGCACCCCUGGAUGACUCUGGCUCAGAUCUGGCUGCAUGCCGCUGAGGUGUACACCAGCAUGUCGAAGCCCGCCGAGGCGUCGGCCUGCACGCAGGAGGCUGCCAACCUCUUCCCCACGUCCCAUAAUGUGCUUUACAUGAGGGGGCAGAUAGCCGAGCUGAGGGGCAACAUAGACGAGGCCAAACGCUGGUAUGAAGAGGCCUUGUCCAUCAAUCCGACGCAUGUCAAGACCAUGCAGAGACUGGGUCUGAUUCUUCACCAGCUGCAGCGCUACAGUCUGUCUGAAAAGGUGCUGAGGGAUGCCGUGCAAGUCAACAGUACGGCUCAUGACGUGUGGAAUAGCCUGGGUGAGGUCUUGCAGGCUCAGGGAAACGCCGCCGCUGCCACCGAGUGUUUCCUCACCGCCUUGGAGCUGGAGGCCAGCAGCCCCAUUCUGCCCUUCACCAUCAUUCCCAGAGCACUAUGAAGCACACACCUUCACAGUUCUAGCCUCAGUACCGUAGCACAGUGGCGCAAGUGAAGGACCUGCAAGGUACACACAGCAUGCCUGCAUGCCACUUACACACAAGGUUUUACUGCCCUCAGAUACACACAUACAGUGUAUACAAAUGCAAAUUGUACACAUAUACAUAUGUACAUGCUCCCCCCACUCAUCCAUUCUUCCCACAAUGCCUUGCUGUGACUGUGAUCCCGCAGACUGUGCGUGUGAGAGCAUGUGUCUGUGUGCUGGUGUGUGUCCUCAUGCACUGUUGGUGUCUGUGCAUGUACACUCAUGUCUUAGUAUGUGUGCCAACAUGUUGCCUGUGCAUAUUUGUGAUUUGUACCACACUGUUUAUGUGUGUUUUUGUUUAUUUCAUGUUUCAAGAUGUAAAUGAAAUUCAGUUUGAGAUCCUACUCUGCUGUUGUUAGUAUUCAGAAGCCUAAGAGUUUACAUUUUGUUUACAUGUUACUUCAUGUUAGUCCAAAAAUCCCUCAAACACACACACACACACACACACACACACACACACACACACACACACACACACACACACACAGGGUAAAUCUAGAAAAUGUGACAAAAAAUAUAUUAUGGGCAGUUUUGCUAAUGUUUCCUUUAUAAGCCAAAUAUUAUUGAUAAUCUCGACCAUUCAAACACAUGUGCACACACACACACACACACACACAUUGAAUUGCUGUAUUGCUGCCUCAGGACAGUCAGAUCUUUGAGAAAUCAGCUGGAACAUCAGCUGGACAGACAUGAUCACAGGAAUCAGUCAAUCAUUGAAAUCUAAAUGCCAAACCAAGGCUGCAUUUACACACACAGGAGAUCAGAUUUGAAUUUGCUGAUGUCUGAGGGAUGGCUGCCAGUUCUUUUUUUUUUUUCUACAUUUUUAAAUCAAAGCACAUUUCAUAUCAUGUGUACAGCCUUUACAUGUGUUCUAUGCUGAACCAUGUUUCCAUGAUGUUUUAUAAGUUUACAAAUGCUCCCGUUAGUUGCAUUGCUAUUCACCAAGGGCAGCUUUGAAGCUAAAGGAAUAGUUCAACAUUUUAGGGGUUCAACAUUUGUUGUCUUGCUGAGAGUUAGAUGAUGGAUGCCAUGCUCAUGUCUAUAUAGUAAAGCUACUUGUAACAGCUGAUGAGCUUUACCUUGGCAUGGAGACAGGAACUGUGGAAACACCGGUGCCUCUAAAGCUCACUAAGUAACAUGUUGGGUUUCUGCACAGAUAAAGAUGUAUGGAUGUAUGGAUUAGAUAGAGGAAAUCUAACAUGCUUAUCAUUGCACUUUAGAGGUAGGCUGGUAGGUGGAUUUUGUAACCUUUGGACAGAUCCAGACCAGCCAUUUUCAGUCUUUAUGCUAAGCUAAACUAACCUUCUGUUAGCGCUAGCAACAUCUUAGCAAGAAUCCAUAAGAUAAUUUCUGAAAAUGUCCAUCUAUUGGUGUAAAAUAAAUUCCCUUUCCAUAUAAAUAAGUUUCCUGUAAACUCAUAGAAAACUGGAGCUCCUAUGUAACAUUUAUAUUUGAAUGAACUGUAAGUAUGAACCGUUAAAACACAUUUUCUCACACAUCUGACUUUCUGUUGUGUGUAAAUGCAACCAGUGAUCGUGCUGUCUUUGUGUCCUGUCACAGUCAUGUUAAAUACUACUACAUGAAUAUAUAUAUAUAUAUUUUUCAUUUUUGUUUCUAAAUACAAAGAUUAUUGUUGUAUAUUUGAUUGUUCUAAAUGUAUUAUUGUUAUUAUUAUUAUUAUGUUAGAAAGUAAAUUAUAAUUCUAUUUUCUGGAGAGUGAUGUUACUGAGAUGGAGGAGUAAAAGAAUGAAGUGAGUCAGUGUGUUGAUCUGAGCUCAGUCAGUGAGUCCUUUGUGCUCUACAUGAGUGACUGAAAUUAGGAUGAUAAUAAUGACCAAAACUAAUUAAAAUGAUUCAAAACAAA